UCGCCAUAAGGGUUGAAGCCGUAAGCUAUGGACUACCUCACAACACUUCUGCUACUGAUUAGCAUAGUGAGUCGCAAUGAGAUGUUACACUUAUUUAUGGAUUUAUUUGUGGCCGGGAUUGACACAACAUCAAGCAUUGUGGAGUGGAUUGUGGCAGAACUAUUACGCAACCCACAUAAAUUGGCAAAAGUAAGAACAGAGAUAUUUGAAGUGAUUGGCAAAGAUGGAACACUUGAAGAACAACACAUCUUAAAGUUGCCAUUUUUACGAGCAGUGGUGAAGGAAACUCUUCGUUUGCACCCACCAGGUCCAUUUUUAGUACCCCACAAGUGUGAUGAAAUUGUAAGCAUAUGUGGCUUCAAAUUGCCUAAAAAUGCACAAAUCUUGGUCAAUGUGUGGGCCAUAGGAAGAGAUCCAACCAUUUGGGAGAAUCCAGAAAUGUUUAUGCCUGAAAGAUUUUUGGAGUGUGAGAUUGAUUUUAAAGGUCAUGACUUUGAACUCAUUCCUUUUGGGACAGGCAAAAGGAUAUGUCCUGGAUUGCCAUUAGCUCAUAGGUCAAUGCAUUUAGUGGUGGCAUCCCUUGUGCAUAACUUUGAAUGGAAGCUAGCUGACGGGUUAGUGCCAGAAAACAUGAACAUGGAGGAGCAAUAUGGAAUAAGCAUAAAGAGGGUCCAAUCCCUUCUAGUUGAAGCCAUUUCAAUCAAGCACGAUUAGUUAUAUAUUAGAGCAAUGCUCCUGAUUUGCAAGGAUAUGUAUAAUUAUAUAUAUACUAGUAUCUAACCGUGCAUACGUACGAGACGUUUGAUUUUUUA